AUGAUUUCCAACUUUGAUGGUCCAACUCCAAAGGAGCGCUUCCUUUCAAAGACACUGGCCGAGUACUCUGAUGGCGACUUGGAGUUUGAGAAUGAGCUGAUCACAUCUUAUAUAGGUUCUGUAAAGGAACAUCUGCCUCAGUUGGAAGCCUCACUCAAGAAGCGUGAUGAGAAGGACAGUAUUCUACACUCACACGAUAUCAAGGGUUCCAGCAGUUACAUUGGUGCCGAAGCCGUCCGUUUCCUAAGUGGCAAGAUGGAGGCAUAUUGCAAAGAGGGUCAGUUGGAGAAGGCUGAAGAGUACUUUGAUGAGCUGAGUGCCGAGGUUGACCAGUUGUUCAUUCUCUUGGAGAAGCACAUUGGUGUCGAGUCAUCAGUGGUCGUGUCCUCCACCGCGCCCGAGGUUGUUGCCGCCGAUGAAGCCGCUUCAGAGUCACAAUCAGAGUCAGAGAAGAAGAUCUCUGGAACGAGCAAGGAGAAGAAAGAGAUUAGAAAGACAGAGGUCGACCCAAAUGAUGAUGGUGAAUAUGAGGAGGAAGUCACAAUAACAUUGGUCGACGACCAUUCAAAGAAACAGGUCACACCAGACAAGAGAUCAUCAACUUCAACAUACACAACUACAAGCAACAACAAUAACAGUGCCAGCAGCUGCAAGAACAGUGGAAAUGUUCGUCAACAAUCACCUGGCAGCUAUGGUAGUGCCAUCUCAAGUGUAUAUCCAUCGUCGUCCCGCGACAAACUGAGCCGGGAGUACCCUCUCGGAGCACAACCUACAUCGCCCUUCACAACCAGCAAAGGUAACAACAGUACCAUCGAGAAGAGUGGUGGCUCUAGCUCUGGCUCAUGUGGUGUCAAACUACGAGAGGCGGUCUACCUCGGAGCCAGCUCAGUAGCAAACCAUUGA